AUGGAAGAAUUAAAGACACAAGUUAUACUAGACAAUACCAUUUCAAUCACCAAUUCUGAUACUACCUCAAAAAAGAAGAAAAAGAAAAAAACUCUUUCCACUGAGAAAGUUGAAAAUAUUAGUGAAACAGUGAAGGUUGAUGCUGAAUCUAAUAAGGGUUCUCCAAUACAACAAUUUAGUAAUGGUAAAGUGGAGGUAAACUCUGUUAUAGACGACGAAGAGGAGGAAGAGGGAGAAGAAGUGACUGGCUCUGACGAGGGAGAAAUAUGUGAAUACAAAAAUGAUAACUUGCAAAGGAUAACAAAUGAAGAGAAAAGAUAUCUUGAUAGGAUGCAUUAUGAAGACUAUAAUGAACUUCGACGCGCUGCUGAAGUGCACAGACAGGUAAGAAAAUAUGCUCAAAAAACUAUUAAGCCGGGUAUGACAAUGAUUGAUAUUUGCGAGUUAAUUGAGAACGGAACUCGUACAUUGAUAGAGGAGAAUGGUUUAGAAGCUGGUAUCGGCUUUCCAACUGGAUGUUCACUUAAUAACUGCGCGGCGCAUUACACGCCGAAUUCGGGUGAUAAAACAGUCCUCCAUUAUGACGAUGUUUGUAAAAUUGAUUUUGGAACACACGUCAAUGGGCGCAUAGUAGAUUGCGCAUUUACCCUCACUUUUAACCCAGUUUACGAUAAACUUAAGGAAGCAGUCAAAGAUGCAACAAAUACCGGAAUUCGAGAAGCUGGCAUCGAUGCAAGAUUGUGUGAUAUUGGAUCCGCUAUUCAAGAAGUCAUGGAAAGCUAUGAGGUAGAAAUCAGUGGAAAAACUUAUCAAGUCAAACCAAUUCGUAAUCUGAAUGGCCAUUCUAUACGUCCAUAUCAGAUUCACGCAGGAAAAUCUGUGCCAAUUGUGAAAGGGGGCGAUCAAACUAAAAUGGAGGAGGGAGAAUGUUUUGCUAUUGAGACCUUUGGUAGUACUGGAAAAGGUUAUGUUCACGAAGAUGGUGAAUGCAGUCAUUAUGCUAAACGUCACGAUAUUGGGCACGUUCCACUACGUAUUGCAAAGGCGAAAUCUUUGUUACAUACUAUUAACAAACGUUUUGGUACAUUGCCGUUUUGUCGCCGUUACCUCGAUCGCGUUGGUGAAACAAAAUACAUACUUGCGUUGAAGAAUUUAGUUGAUUCUGGAAUUGUGGAAUCAUAUCCACCAUUGGUUGAUAUUAAGGGCUCAUAUACAGCACAAUUUGAACAUACUAUAAUCUUAAGACCUACUUGCAAAGAAGUUGUUAGUCGUGGAGAAGAUUAUUAA